GGCCCCUCGCUCGGAGGCACACUGCGGCCGCAAGCACGAUGGAGAUCCCAGUGCCCGUACAGCCCUCUUGGCUGCGUCGCGCCUCAGCCCCGCUGCCCGGGAUUUCGACGCCCGGCCGCCUCUUUGACCAGCGCUUCGGCGAGGGGCUGCUGGAGGCUGAGCUGGCAUCGCUGUGCCCUGCCGCGCUCGCCCCUUACUACCUGCGCGCCCCCAGCGUGGCACUGCCCACCGCCCAAGUGCCAGCUCAGGUGCCGACGGCCCCCGGUCACUUCUCGGUGCUGCUCGACGUGAAGCACUUCUCGCCAGAGGAAAUUGCUGUCAAGGUGGUGGGGGACCACGUGGAGGUGCAUGCGCACCACGAGGAGCGCCCGGAUGAGCACGGCUUCGUCGCGCGUGAGUUCCAUCGCCGCUACCGCUUGCCGGCGGGUGUGGAUCCGACAGCCGUGACAUCCGCGCUGUCUCCCGAGGGCGUUCUGUCCAUCCAGGCCGCACCGGCGCCGGCCCAGUCCUCGCUGCCGCCGCCGCCGCCGCCAGCUGCGGCUAAGUAGGGGCUCCGGAGCGCAGCUGGAACGCAGGGAGCCGCCCGAGGCCCCCUCAUUUAAAGCCUACCUGACUCCGCCCAGCCAGAUGUCCACAGCUUGCCAAGACCCCUCUCCUGUCCCAGCUGGGAUCAUGCCCUGACCUUGCCACCUAACAUUUAGCCUGGAUACCCCUUGUAGACCCUUCCCCACCCCCACCCAAACUUGACCCCACCUUCUUGGCAGAUAUUCCUUUUCUCAAGACAGCCCCCCUCCCCUACUCCCUUUUUCAAGCUCUAAGUCCAGAUUCUGUUCCGCAGCCCUGCCCCAGACCAGAGUCAUGCAUGGCCACACCCACAGCCCAAGGAGCCCAGUCGCGGGGACGGAACCACCUGGUCCCAGGCCAGCCAGACCCCCCACCCUCAAAUUAUUCCCCAACCUCCCCUGAUGGCAUAGAUAGCCCAAACCCCACGCCUGCUCCAACCAGAACCUCUUCCCCCCAUCUUUUUCCUGAGCCCCAAGCCUCUGGCCAGCUACUCCCGGCAAUCUCCCCUCUAUUUUUCAAGAUCAACCAAGCAACCUCCCUGCUGCCUCCCACCCCCACCCCACCUAAGCCCACUCCAAUAAACGUGCUGGAAUUCGG